AUGGCACAGUCCUUCACGCUCCGUACAUCUGCCAAACCACAACUUUGCUUCAAAGGAGACAAUCAGCGUCUUGCAUUCUCCGCGCCGAACAAAACCCUAACCCAUCUCCGGCCAACGCCCAUUUCGCGGGUACAAGCUAUAACAGCGAGCGCAUCCGUUGAAAUCCCUCGCCGAUGGUACAACCUGAUUGCCGACCUCCCUGUGAAGCCUCCGCCGCCGCUGCACCCGCAGACGUUCGAGCCGAUAAAGCCGGAGGAUCUCUCGCCGUUGUUCCCGGACGAGCUGAUCAGGCAGGAGGCCACCGGCGAGAGGUUUGUAGACAUUCCCGAAGAGGUUAUCGACGUCUACCGUCUAUGGCGCCCGACCCCUCUGAUCAGGGCCAAGAGAUUGGAGAAGCUGCUGGGCACGCCGGCGAGGAUCUACUACAAGUACGAGGGCGUCAGCCCAGCCGGGUCCCACAAGCCGAACACGGCCGUGCCCCAGGUUUGGUACAACGCCCAGCAAGGGGUGAGGAACGUGGUCACUGAGACCGGCGCCGGCCAGUGGGGGAGCUCGUUGGCCUUUGCGUGCAGCUUGUUUGGUCUCAACUGUGAAGUGUGGCAAGUACGUGCCUCCUAUGACCAGAAACCUUACCGUAAGCUGAUGAUGCAAACUUGGGGUGCCAAAGUACACCCCUCACCUUCCACUGUAACUGAAUCCGGGCGCAAAAUACUCAAAAACGACCCCUCGAGCCCGGGAAGUCUGGGAAUCGCCAUUUCCGAGGCUGUGGAGAUUGCUGCUAAAAACGCUGACACUAAAUACUGCUUGGGGAGUGUUCUCAAUCACGUGCUCUUGCACCAGACGGUUAUAGGCGAGGAAUGCAUACAACAGAUGGAGGCUAUUGGCGAGACUCCAGACGUGAUUAUAGGGUGCACGGGUGGCGGGUCGAAUUUCGGGGGGCUCGCAUUUCCUUUUAUUAGAGAAAAAAUUAAUGGUAAGAUUAAUCCUGUUAUUCGGGCAGUCGAGCCGGCUGCCUGCCCCUCGUUGACGAAGGGUGUUUACGCUUAUGAUUAUGGUGAUACGGCCGGGAUGACUCCCUUGAUGAAGAUGCACACACUCGGGCAUGAUUUCAUACCGGAUCCUAUUCAUGCUGGGGGACUGAGGUACCAUGGCAUGGCUCCACUGAUUUCGCAUGUGUAUGAAUUGGGUUUCAUGGAAACAAUUGCAAUUGCUCAGACUGAAUGCUUUGCAGGAGCAAUACAGUUUGCUAGGUCUGAGGGUUUAAUUCCAGCUCCCGAACCAACUCAUGCAAUAGCUGCCACCAUAAGGGAAGCUCUUCAUUGCAAGGAGACGGGCGUACCGAAAGUUAUUCUCAUGGCAAUGUGUGGACACGGCCAUUUUGAUUUGCCGGCUUAUGAGAAGUAUCUGCAAGGGGGACUUGUUGACUUAGCGUUUUCUGAGGAGAAAAUAAAAGCAUCGCUGGCCAAUAUUCCUCAGACCAAACUGAAACAAUCUCCGUUUUCUGAGGUCGUCGUCACCAUCGUAGAACGGCAGUUUCCUAAUUUUCAUUUUUUCGCCGCUCUAAUUAGGGUUGCACAAGGUGAAGGUCAGGACUUAAUCAUGACAAGCAAAGGCCGAGUUCCUCCUCCCCACCUCCGCCACCCGCUCAACUCGGGCCCUGCUUCGGUCUACCCCGACCCGUACCCACCUGGCCCCCGCCCGCCUGUCAGUGGCUUCCCGCCCUUUGAAAUGCUGCCUCCUAACCAGAUGAUGGCCCACAAGCUCUCCACGCAGCAAGUGGAGAUCGAGAAGCUCGUCACGGAAAACCGCAGGCUGGCAGCCACUCACGGUAAUCUCCGGCAGGAUUUGGCCGUUGCCAAGCAUGAAAUUCAGUCAGUGCAUGCCCACAUUGCGGAAGUGAGGGCUGAGAAAGAGCGGCAAGCAAGGAGCAUGCUGGAGAAGAUGGCGGCCAUGGAGAAAGAGCUUCAGGCUGCUGAGCCCCUGAAAAACGAGCUGCAGAAAGCGCGGGGUGAGGCGCAGGUCUUGUUGGCUGCUCGACAGGAGCUGAUCUCGAAGGUGCAGCAGCUGGGACGUGAGCUGCAGGCAGCUCAUUCAGAGGCGCAGCAUAUUCCCGCCUUAAUGGCCGAGCUCGAUAGUUUGAGGAGGGAGUAUCAGUUCUGCAGGAGUACUUAUGACUAUGAGAAGAAGUUAUACAACGACCACCUUGAAUCUCUUCAGGUGAUGGAGAAGAACUAUAUGUCAAUGUCAAGGGAGGUGGAGAAGCUGAGGGCAGAGUUAACUAAUUCAACAAACAUUGACCCACGAACAGGUGCGCCAUACAGUGCCCCUGCUGGAUACAAUGAAGGUCUUCAUGUGGGGAGCUAUACAUCCGGUCAAAACGCCUAUGGUACAGUUCAGCAGGGGCAGGGAGUACCUGCUGGUGUACCUGGUCCUGGUCCAGGGGUUAAUUCCCCUCAUGUUGUAGCCCAACCGGGCCCAUAUGGUCCAGUGGCUGGUCGUGAUCCCCCCAGAGGAGGCCCUAUUUAUGGUGUACCUUUCCAAACUGGUUAUGAUCCUCACAGGGGACCCACUGGGACUAACUUUGAUGCCCAAAGGGGGCAAAAUGGGCCGGGCUAUGAAGCCCAGAAGGGACCCAUGCAUGAAGCCCGGGUCCAAAAUGUUCCUGCUUACGAUCCACAAAGAAGCUCUGGUGAUGAUGCUCAUGGGUCGUCUAGGGGUGCUGUGAGGCCCCAAGGACAGGUACCUGUGAAUAAUAAUGUGGCUUAUGGCUCGACGCCAGGUGGUAGAGUUGAGGUUGGUUAUGAGCUGAAUCCACAUGGUGGAAAUCCCGUUCGGAGACUUCCAAAAUCCCCUCACAGAGCAUCCAUGGAAGACGACUCGCUCCAACAUCUUCAUCUCCAAUCUGUGAGUUUUCCGGUGAAAGGAAUGGAAUCGGUCAUAGCUACGGUGACCGGAUAUCAAGGCUCGGAGAGAUUCAACCUCAUAAAGCUGAUUUCUCACGCCGGCGCCAGUUAUGUUGGAAACAUGAACCCUUCUGUUACUCAUUUGGUGUGCCGGAAAUUUGAAGGGAGGAAGUAUGAGAUUGCGAAGAAGUUGAACAUGGUGAUAGUUAACCAUAGGUGGAUUGAGGAAUGCGUGAAGAAGGGAAGGCGUGUGUUGGAGAGACCUUACACCUUUCGGAGUGGGAAAGAAGUUGGACCUCUGCUUUUGGAGCCCCCAGCUGGUAUUAGUUUAGCUAAGUCCCGGUCUGAAGCAUUGAAGAAAUCUAAACAACCUGUGUUUGAUAUUGACUGUGAAGACACCAGUAAUGUUGCUUGGGUGACUCCAAUUCUUGCUGAUGAGGUCGAGAAAACAGGCACUUCCAAGGCUGCAAAUUCUUCUGGAGUGAAAAAACGGAGUUCCACUUCACUCAAAUCUCAUGGCAAGGCUCGGAAGCUUGUUAAACAGCAUAUCAGCAAAAAAGAUGAAUUAUUGACUUCAAGCAUAUUGGAAGACCUUGAGGAGAGAAAAACACUAGCCAGGAACAUCAGCAGCGUAAUUCUGUCUGAUAGUUCAGACUCUCAUAUGCACCAACAUUUACCCGAUAAAAGCUUUUCUAUUAGCAGGGAAGAUGACACUGAUGCCUUUGAUGAUGUUGAAGAGUUCCGGCAUGCAAAUAAUGAAAAUCAGAAUACAAGUAUCCAUAGUUCUCCAACUUCUCCACCUCAAAUUUCAGGAAAAAAUCCUGAAGCCGAUUGUGUGGAUUCUAUUGAUGUUGAUGCCGGUAAAAAAAUGGCCGCACCAAGUGAACUGUCAUGUGUUAUAUGCUGGACGGAGUUCAGUGCCACUCGGGGGGUAUUGUCAUGUGGGCACCGAUUUUGUUUCCUCUGUAUCCAGAACUGGGCAGAUCACAUGUCUUUGAGUGGGAAGCCUUCAACUUGUCCUCUCUGCAAAGCUAGCUUCACAUGCAUAAUGAAGGAUGAUGUUUCGCCAGAUCAGAAAAUCUAUUCUCAAUCCAUUCCACAAGGCAGUACAGAAAAUCUAUAUGUUCUUCCCGAGGAGGGAUACGUUCCUUACGGCCUUCCUACCAAUGCAUCAGCGCAAGUGUGUACUGUGUGCUCCAGUCGAGAACCGGAGGAUCUUCUUGUUAAGUGCCAUUCGUGUGGGAUUCGGUGCGUUCAUUGCUACUGCCUCGACCCACCAUUGUUUCCAUGGACAUGCGUUGCUUGCAAGGAACCCCGUAUGCUUCGGUCUAUUCAUGGCUGUUAG